AGUUCCGAGAGGCCCGCGGCGGAGCGCGAGGCGGCCCCUGUCCUGCCCGGCCCCGGCCCCGGCCCCGGCUCCUGCGCGCCCCCCACACGCACCUCCCCCAUGGCCGCGGCACAGCCCCGGGAAGCGUCUCGGCGCCGCUGGUAGCGCCCGAGGGCGCCACGCUGCUCGCCCGCCGCGCAUGAGGCAACCCCUCGGCGAGUGCGACAUGGCGCUGAGCGGCGCGCUGCUCCCCUCCAUCGCCACCUUCGCGCCGACCGUGGCGGCCCGCGAGCGAGCGCUGCGCCAAGCCGGCAUCAGCAACCGCUGGAGGGAGGAGCUGUCCCCGCUGAAGCGGCUGCCCCCGGGCCGCCCCUACGCCGAGCUGGAGGGCGGCGGCGGCAGCCCCGGGCCGGGCGCGCUGGUGCCGCCGCGCCGCGACGCCGAGGAGUUCCACGAGCUGCUGGACUUCGACUUCAUCCUGUCCAACUCGCUGGCGCAGCAGGAGCAGGAGCCCGCCGCCGCCGCUGCCGUGGUGCCCGCGCCGCCCGCCCCCGGGCCCGGGCCUGGCCCCGCAGCCGCCGCCGCCUGCAGCUUCCCCGCCGCCUUCCCGCUCUACGCGCCCGGCCGCGAGCCCGCGCCGGCCGCGCCCUUCGACCUGGCCGACAUCAGCGACGUGUCGCCCUCGGGGGGCUUCGUCGCCGAGCUGCUGCGGCCCGAGCUGGACCCCGUGUACAUGCAGCAGCAGCCCCCGCCCCCGCCACCGGCCCUCGGCAGCCUUCACGGGAAGUUCGUGGUGAAAGCCCUGGGGGACUACAACCACCUCAGCCUGGCCGGCAAAGGUGCCCCGGCUGACAGCCCUGCCGGGCCGCCCUACAGCCCCCUGCCCAGGAUGUGCCAAAAGAUCAAGCAGGAGGCUGCCCCCUCCUGCCCCAUUGCCCAGCCCCACGGGGGGCCGCCGCCCCCCCACGACUUAGCCCUGGGGCGGCCCCUGCCCGCCAGGACUACUGCCGAGGAGAUGCUCGGUAGCAGAGACUGCCAUGCCUCCCCUCCGGGGCUAAGCCACCCCCCACUGCCGCCGCUGCCCCCCGGAUACCACCCUGCCCCCGGCUACCCGCCUUUCCUGCCCGAGCAGCUCCCGCCCGGCGCCCUGCAGUACCAAGGUCAGUCUAAGUAUCUCGGUGCUUUCGGAGAGCCCGGCACGGUGCCACGGUUGGGGCGAGGGGUGAUGCUGACUCCGCCCUCUUCGCCCUUAGAGCUGAUGCCGCCCGGGAGCUGCCUGCCCGAAGAAACCAAGCCAAAGAGGGGGCGCCGGUCGUGGCCCAGGAAAAGGACCGCUACGCACACCUGCGAGUAUGCGGGGUGCGGCAAGACCUACACCAAGAGCUCUCAUCUCAAGGCACACCUGAGGACCCACACAGGAGAGAAGCCCUAUCACUGUGACUGGGAGGGCUGCGGGUGGAAAUUUGCCCGCUCUGAUGAACUUACUCGGCACUACAGAAAACAUACUGGCCAUCGCCCUUUCCAGUGUCAAAGAUGCGACAGAGCAUUUUCCAGGUCAGACCACCUUGCCUUACAUAUGAAGAGGCACUUUUAAUUGGAAGCAGUGGAUUUUUUUUUUCCUAUACUGCCAUAAGAGAUUCAGUAUUCACAGCACAGACUGGCUUCCGCAGGAGGGAGUGACACAGCUAAAGCACUACAAGGAAUCAUGGUGAAGUCUUCCAAAGAGUGGGAAUCAACUGAUAAUUACACAUGUUGGAGCUCUCUCUCUCUCUUUCUCUCUCUUUCUCUUUCUCUUUCUCUCUUUAUCUGACUCUGGUAUAAUGGUUCGCACUCUGGACUUUGAAUUCAGCAAUCUGAGUUUAAAUCUUUUUCUGCCCUUUUUUUCUUUUUUUAAUAAAUUAAAGAAGAACAUUGGGGUCAAUGACUGGAUCUUCUAUCAUUCCAUUUGUAAAUCCAACUUGAAUUUUUCUGGACUACAAAAUGCCAACAAAUGACUGGAAGUCAAGGCUAUCAGGGUUAAAGAGACUGCUUUUGGGCAGGGGUGGGGGGCAAUUACAUGGGGAGAUCACAUUCCCUUAAAUUUUGGCUCAAUGCAAUAUUAGAUGUAAAUGUCAUCUUGUAUUUUCUUUUUCCUUCUAAAAAGCCAUUACUAUGUUUAAAAGAGGAGGAAAAAAAUUCAGGUACAGAAUUUAUGUUUAAAAGCCUAUUUCAUGGUGCUUAGUGACUGUUGGUUCUAAAGGUACCAAAAACAGGAAGCCAAAGUUCUCAAACUGCUGCAUAUCUGACAAGGAAUUAUUUUUGUCUUCCGAUCUACAGUUAUGACCUAAAUCAGGUAAAUAAACCUGGUUUAUUUUCUUUUUUUUUUUUUAAGAAAAUAACUUUUAUGCAGACAGUCUGUAAUGCACUGUGGUUUCGAUGUGCAAUAAUUUGUACAAUGGUUUAUUCCCAAAUAUGCCUUAAGCAGAACAAAUGUUUUCUAUAUAGUUCUUUACAUAAUAAAUAUGUAAUAUAAAUUUAAGCAAACUUCUAUUUUGUAUAUUUGUAAACUACAAAGUAAAAAUGAACAUUUUGUUGGAGUUCGUAUUUUGCAUAUUCAAGCUGAAAAUAAGUUUUAAAUAAACCUAUAAUAUUUUA